CAAAUGAUUUUCAGUUUCAGAAUAUUUUCUUGAUUUGUGCCUCAGUGGUAAAAACUCCACUGACCCUGAAACCGUACUUCCCGUGGCAAAUGAAAAUAAACAGCGUUUCAGAAACCUCAUCUGGACCAAACAUAUUUUAACAUUUAAAAUAUAUGUAACAUUAAAAGUAAAGAAGCUACAGUGUCGUGUCGUGACUUUUCUCUGGUCUGUAACAGAUGGCCGGGGACGUAAGACACGCCUGGGAUUAUGAAUGACCCGUGUUGCAGACAGUAAUAUCUCAUACAUAUAUCCAGGACUUAACUGAAGCAGGAAAUAAGCAGCUGCUACAAUCCUGUAAGCUGCACAAAAGAAGGAAACGGAGAGUAUUGGACCGGUGGUGGAACAAAUAUCAGGCAGAAAAGUUGGGUGAAAUUUAUUUUUUUAAAUUCACUCCACCAGACUAUGUGCUGUGACAACAUGAGAAAACUAGACCGGUCCUAUAGACCUGAUACUUCAGUGCUGUAUGUUGGAGGGGCAGACGUGGGGCGGGGGCAGAGUCAGUGGACACAAGCAAACGUACUCACUUUAGUGUCAAAUGUUUCACCUGGGAGUAAAAUGGUUAACUGUCAAAAAGUCCAAUUAGACCACGUGAGCUGUCCUACAGGUCCGACAUAUUUAUAUGUGCCUCCAGUCUGCGGGGAUGGAUCCACGAGUUGGACCAAAUCUCCUGCGCAUACAGUAACACAGUAACUCAGCCUUACAUUCAGCCACACCUGGUCCAGGAUCAUGGAGGAACUGGCCCGGGAGAGCAUCAGCCUGCUGGCCCGGUCUGCGUCCCACGCUGACCCUCCACGGCUCGGGUCUUUUGGAGCCAUCUUUAUUUUAUUGAAGUCCGCCCUCGGAGCCGGAUUGUUGAACUUUCCAUGGGCUUUCCAGAAGGCUGGAGGAGUGAACACUGCCAUCACAGUGGAGAUGGUGUCGCUGGUGUUCCUGAUCAGCGGUCUGGUCAUUCUUGGCUACGCAUCGUCCGUCAGCAGACAGAAAACCUACCAGGACGUAGUGAGAGAAGUGUGUGGACCAGCUGUUGGUCAACUCUGUGAGGUCUGUUUCUGCUUCAACCUCUUCAUGGUGUGUGUGGCCUUCCUGGUGGUGGUCCAGGACCAGCUGGAGAAAUUGUGUGUUUCUCUGUAUGAAGCCGUCACUGGUUCCACUGAGGGGGAAAUGCCCUAUCACUGGUACACUGACCAACGAUUUGCCCUCUUCAUCAUGUGCCUCAUCAUCAUUCUGCCACUGUCCAUCCCUAAAGAGAUCGGCAUCCAGAAAUACACCAGUGUGUUGGGAACACUAGCAGCCACGUACCUGUGUGUAUCGGUCAUCGUCAAAUACUACCUGAUGGACAGUCAUACAGCCAUAAUAACUCCAAUACACAGUCAAGGAAUAAGUUCAUGGGCAUCAAUGUUUAGCGUAGUGCCGACAAUCUGCUUUGGCUUCCAGUGCCACGAAGCUUGUAUAGCAAUUUACAGCAGCAUGGAGAACCAGAAGAUCUCUCACUGGAUGUUCAUCUCCGUGCUCUCCAUGUUCUUCUGUCUGCUGGUCUACACUCUAACAGGUGUCUAUGGCUUCGUGACAUUUGGACGAGAUGUGGCCCCGGAUAUUUUAAUGUCAUAUCCUGGCAACGACGUGGUCAUGAUCAUCGCGAGACUGCUCUUUGGAAUUUCCAUCGUCACCAUCUACCCCAUCAUUCUCCUGCUGGGGAGGUCUGUCAUCCUGAACCUGGUGAUAAGAAUUCAGAGACGUCGCUGGGGGCUGGUCACCCACUCAUUUGAGAGUCGCUGCAGGGUGCUCCUCACUGUGAUCUGGAUCUCCGUCACGCUCCUCAUCGCCAUGUUUGUCCCCGACAUGAGCAAAGUUAUUAGUGUCAUCGGAGGAAUCAGCGCCUUCUUCAUUUUCAUCUUUCCUGGUCUUUGCCUCGUGUUUAUAAUGCAGACAGAGAGUGUGAGCCCAAAAGUCAGGUGUAUUUUAACUUGGUGGGGGGUCGUCACCAUCGUCGUGGGAGCCUUCAUCUUUGGACAGAGCACAACCAUCGCUGUCAUGGAAAUAUUUACCAAUUCUGAGUACUACGGCCAUUAGUACCAUGAACGUUUUUAAUUGACCAUUUUUAAUAAUAUA